AUGGCGUCCACCGAUAUCGUCACCCGGGAGCUUGAGAACCCUAUUGAUGUCGCCGAGUACCUCUUCCGACGUCUCCGCGAAGUCGGAAUUCGUUCGGUGCACGGCGUGCCUGGUGAUUACAACCUUUCGGCUUUGGACUAUCUGCCGGGAUGUGACCUCCACUGGGUUGGAAACUGCAACGAGCUUAAUGCCGGUUAUGCCGCUGACGGAUACGCUCGUGUGAACGGAAUAAGUGCCAUUGUCACCACAUUUGGUGUUGGAGAGCUGUCUGCGCUCAACGCCAUCGCUGGCUCGUACUCCGAAUUCGUCCCCGUCGUUCAUAUCGUUGGCCAGCCCACCACCCAAUCCCAGAAAGAUGGAAUGCUGCUACACCAUACUCUCGGUAACGGCGACUACAACGUGUUCAGCAAGAUGAGCGCUGGGAUCUCUUGCUUUGUCGCUCAUUUGAAUGACCAACAUGACGCCGCUACUCUUAUUGACAGUGCCAUUCGCGAAUGCUGGAUUCGCAGUCGCCCGGUCUACAUUACCUUGCCCACCGAUAUGGUCGCCACUAAGGUCAAUGGUGAUCGCCUAAGGACGCCGAUUGACCUGUCCCUGCCUAAGAAUGACCCGGAGAAGGAGGAUUACGUUGUUGAUGUCGUCUUGAAGUAUCUCCAUGCUGCCAAGAACCCUAUCAUCUUGGUCGAUGCCUGUGCCAUUCGUCACCGGGCACUUGAUGAGGUGCACGAACUCGUUGAAAAGUCUGGUCUGCCAACUUUUGUGACCCCUAUGGGCAAGGGAGCCGUUGACGAGACACACAAGAACUUCGGAGGUGUUUAUGCCGGAAACGGCUCCAACCCUGGCGUCAGCGAGGCUGUUGAGGCAUCCGAUCUCAUCUUGAGCAUUGGUGCUAUCAAGUCCGAUUUCAAUACUACCGGUUUCACCUAUCGCAUUGGACAGCUUAACACCAUUGACUUCCACAGCACCUAUGUGCGGGUCCGUUACUCUGAAUACCCCGAUACCAAUAUGAAGGGUGUCUUGCGCAAGGUGGUACAACAGAUGAAGCCUUUAAAUCCUGCUUCUAUUCCUUCACUCACGAACCAGCUGUCCCCUCGCGAGCAAGCCUCGUCCGAUCAAACUAUCACUCACAACUGGCUGUGGUCGAUUGUUGGACAGUGGCUGAAGCCAAAGGAUGUGGUCAUCACGGAGACUGGAACUGCUAAUUUCGGUAUCUGGGACACCCGCUUCCCUUCCAACGUUACUGCCAUUAGUCAGGUCCUCUGGGGUAGCAUUGGUUAUUCCAUGGGAGCCUGCCAGGGCGCCGCGCUUGCUGCAAAGGAACAGAAGAAUCGCCGAACCAUUCUCUUCAUUGGCGAUGGAAGUAUCCAAUUGACCGUUCAGGAGUUGAGCACAAUCCUGCGGAACAACUUGAGCCCUAUCGUAUUCGUCAUCUGCAACGAGGGAUACACCAUCGAGCGAUACAUCCACGGAUGGGAUGCCAAAUACAACGACAUCCAACCCUGGGACUUCGCCAACAUCCCCAAGGUCUUCGGUGCCAAGGAAAACUACCAGGGCUACCGUAUCAAGACCCGCGACGAGCUCAACAAGCUAUUCGCCGACCAAGAAUUCAACUCUUCCGACAAGCUUCGGUUGGUCGAGCUGUACAUGCCCCGCGACGACGCCCCCGCGGCUUUGAAGCUGACCGCCGAGGCCGCUGCCCAGCGUAAUGGUUAA